AUGGAUAACAAACUAUUUUCUAGUCUAUUUAAAAAUGUUGUUAUAAAUAAAUUGAUAUUUGACAAUGUUAAAUCGAUUAAUAGAUUGAGAGGAGAAGGAAAUGUUUACAAAUGGAGUCAAGUAAUUCAAUUGCCACACGUUCAAGCAGGUAACAACUAUCUACAUUUGUUAAAAGAGAGUUUACAAAUGAAUUUUGGUGCAUUCCAGAUCUUCAGAAAUGCAGUGCAUGCCGGUAGUCUCGAGAUGUUUGAAUACCUGUUGCAAUACUACCGAUUUACCACCGCUCAGAUAUCAUUAGAUAGAGUUUCCACGUUGAAAGAGCAACUUCUCAACUCUAUACUCAUCAAUGCAUCUCGUUGCAAUCGAUUGGAUAUCAUUGAGUGUCUGCUCCGCACAUUUCCAACUUAUCGAUGGGAUUUCUAUGGUGCUAUGGUGGAUGCUCCAUACUCUGGCAACUGGGAGAUACUGAAGCGACUGAAGAAGUUACACGAGCAACAUAACAACGACAGUGACUUCUCAUAUUGCAGUGUAUUUGAUUCCGCUGCUUCAGUUGGACGACUCGACAUGAUACAGUGGUUGUUGGUUAAUCGUUCUGAAGAUUUCGAGAAAAGCGAAAUGUUAAUACCAGCAAUUGAAGCUGGUCAUCUUCCUGUCGUUGAAUAUAUCCUAAGAGAGCAUAAAGAGCUGUUGGAUAAAGAGGACAAAGUGCUCGUGAAAACCGCAGCUGUCAACGGUCAUUUGGAUGUCCUAAAGUUGUUGUACGAAGAGAAGUUUUCAGUUCCAGAUAAUAUCGUUGAUGAUGCAGCACUGAGUGGAAAUCUAAAGUUGAUCAAGUGGUUACAGGAGAAUAAGAUUGGCGUUGCUUCUCUUCGGGCGAUCCAAAGCGCUGUCACCAUAGAAGAUCUACAAACCUUGGUAUGGUUGUAUCAUAAUUCAUCUGAUGUAGUACAUCUAAACAUACCAUUUAUUGUAAAACUGGCAGUUGCUAACAACCAUUUGAGUGUAGUUAAGUGGUUGCUCGAAAAUACAACAACUGAACGACACAUCGAUAGUGAAACAAUAGUGAACGUUGCCAAAGGAAAUUAUUUCGAUAUGUUUCAAUUUUUACUAAAGAAUGCACAGGUUCAAAUUCCAGAUAAUCUUUUGGAUAUCGUGGUGUCGCGAGGUCAUUUCAAAUUCAUCAAAUAUCUACAUGAGAAUACAACUCUUUCAUGUUCUACCAACUCUAUGGAUUAUUCUUGUAGCUACGGUAGACUUGAAAUUAAGGAUGCACAAACGAAGCAUUUCUAUUGGCAAUGGAUAGAGGUGAGUUUAAAACUCUUCGAUGGCUCCUGGAAAACCGAACAGAGAUCAACAUUCAAUCGAUCCCACUCGAACACUUCAACAUCUACGAUCUAUUGGUAA